AUGAAGUUUCAAAUAUCAACCAACAGCAGACCCAAUCGCCGCCGUGCGCUAUCACAAUGUCUCAUCUAUUUCCUCGGGUGUUCCAUGCUAGGCAUGUGCACUUCUGAAGCAUACCUGUCAUCACCUAACGCCUUUCUUCCACGUGAACUCAAGACUAGAGGAGGUGCUGAUGCCGUCCGAAGGAAAACAACGAACACUAUGAAAAUGGAAUUUCACGAUGGCCUGAACUUUAAUGGUGACAGUCAAAGCGAAGUGACUUUAGACGUCGUGAGUAGUCUGAACGGUAACACUAAUGGAAGUGGAAAGGUCAACGGGCUAAAGGUCAAUGGAAAGAAUGUCAACGGCAAAAAGGUCAAUGGACUUGCAAUUGAUAAAAAGGUCAAUGGAAACAUGGUCAAUGGAAAGAAAGUCAACGGAUUUGUCAACGGUGUCGUCAGCCAGGAAGUUCGAGACAAUGUCAACAUUAAUGCCAAGUCUUUCGAUAAAAAACGUGUCAUCAACGGAGACGAUGAAGACCAACAAGUUCCCGCUACCUUUAUUGCGGACACAAAGCUGCCCACUGUCUUUGGACAAUAUCGGUUAAGGGCCUACCGAUUUGAAAAUACUUCCAACGAAUUCACAGGCAAUGAACCCUGCGUCAUUUAUUCGGAGGACAAUCCUCCUUUUGGCAAGGACGGAAAAUUUCUAGAAAGCGUCCCAAUCCGCAUCCACGAUCAAUGCUUGACUUCGGAAGUCUUUGGCAGCCAACGAUGUGACUGCAAGCAACAGCUUCGAAUGGCAAUGGAAUUUAUUCAACAUAAUGGCGGUGCCGUCAUUUACAUGCCACAAGAGGGACGGGGCAUUGGAAUUGCCAACAAGGUUGCGGCCUAUGCUCUCCAAGACACUGGUAUGGACACUGUCGAUGGCAAUCUUCAUCUUGGAUUACCAGAAGAUGCUCGACAAUAUGGAUGCGUCCCAUCCAUGUUGGAAGACAUGAAAAUUGCUAGCAUCCGAUUGUUGACCAACAAUCCCCGAAAAGUCCAUCGACUCAAUGCCUUGGGAGUAAAGAUUACUCAAACAGAACCCAUGGUGGUUCCGGAAACCAACCCCUACAACCACAAAUACCUUGUCGCCAAACACGAACGCAUGAAUCAUGCCAAUUUGUCGCCACUGAUCAAUGGAAAAAUGCUGGCCCGCAAGGCCAUGGUCCAUGCAACCGAUGGACAACGAACUGUGGAAAAUGCUGUUCAGGUGUCCUUGUCGACGGAAGAAGAAUUGAUGCAAGAGAAUGGCAAAGCAACUGAAGAUGGAGCUACCGCUGGUGAAGAUGGCUACUGCUUUGGUCGACAGUCUGUGGAAGAUGCCAUUGCGGCCAUUCAAGAAGGCAAAAUGGUCGUUGUGGUCGAUGAUAUGGACCGAGAGAAUGAAGGUGAUUUCAUCAUGGCGGCGGAAGCUUGUACACCAGAAGAUAUGGCUACCAUUGUCCGAUACUCAAGUGGAGUCAUUUGCGUUGGAAUGGAAGGAGCACGAAUGGACGAAUUAAAGUUGCCAGCCAUGGUUACCAACAAUGAAGAUCCCAAGGGGACUGCCUUUAGCGUUUCCGUCGAUGCCACCAAGGAGCAUGGAAUUACAACUGGAAUUAGUGCCACUGACCGAGCCAAAAGUGUUCGAAUGCUGGCAAACCCAAAUACUUUCCCUACUGACUUUUCUCGGCCUGGUCACAUUUUCCCGCUACGCGCCAAAGAGGGCGGUGUACUGGCCCGAGAUGGUCACACUGAAGCAGCUGUCGAUUUGUCCAUUUUGGCUGGUCGCGGUCGUGCCGGACUAUUGUGUGAAAUUGUCUCGGAAGAGAACCCAGUAGAAAUGGCCAGACUUCCAGAGCUGAAACGAUUCUGCAAGAAGCAUGGCUAUGUUUUGACCAGCAUUGUCGAUAUUGCUCAGUUCCGAAGAGAGACUGAGAGAAUUGCCGACUUUGAGUAA